AUGCUGCUCAUCACGCUGGGCGUUUUCUUCCUCGCAAAAUUUGGCAAAUCAGCCGCAAAGACCUGUUAUGCCCCUGACGGAACCCCAGUUGAGGACGACAUAUAUGCUCCAUGUAUUGCGAUUGAAGGAGUAGAGUCGAUGUGCUGCCGGAUUAAUGACACAAACCCCGACGAAUGCCGUGCCGAUGGCCUUUGUUACACAAAUAUGACGGGGUACGCAGGAUAUUGGAGAGACUUCUGUACUGAUGAGACAUGGGAUACCCCGAAUUGCCUAUCAAAGUCAAUCUGCAACACUACGGCAGGGGGAAAUUCAAGUUGGACAUACUACAUGACACCCUGCGGUGGUGUUAAUUACUGUUGUGGUGAUGAUCCCUCAUGUUGCAGCGGAGAUAGUGUCUUUUCCAUCAAAGAUACUCUUGUCACGAUCGGAGGUGUAGCUACAACCACUGUUACAGCGACGAGCUCAGCAGAAGUGAAUGGUACAAGUUCUGGUUCAUCAGAUGAGUCCACUAAGCUCGCAAUUGGCCUUGGUGUUGCCAUUCCUUUGACCGCUAUAGCGGGUGCCAUGCUAGGGGCCGGAUUUUUCUGGGGAAGGAAGAUAACGCAGCGCAAAUGGCUGCAGGCCACAAAUCAUGGGGGUACUGCUGGACCGUUACUGCAACCAAUACUACAGCAAGGGAUUGCUCCAACUUAUCAUCAAAGUUAUCCUCAUGAGGUAUCGGCAUCUCAGUUAUCACCGACCGAGUUACCAGGGGGUAAAUGA